AUGAAUUCAAAAUGGCUGCAUUGUGUUUAUCAAAAGCAUAAUGCAAAACUUAGAUUAAUAUGUUUUCCCUGGGCUGGCGGUGGGGCAGCGUUCUGUGCCAACUGGGGUAAAAAGUUUACAAGCGAGAUAGAAGUGCAUGGAGUUUGUUUACCUGUUAGAGAGAGUAGGUUCAAGGAACCCUUCAUUGUUGAUGACUGGGAAUCAUUUUUAAAUGAUUUUUGUGCGAUGUUGUGGAUCUUUCUGGGAACCAGAUUGUGCUUUGAAACAGCAAGGUACCUGAAACUGAACUACAACAUGCAGCCAGUGCACUUGCUUAUAUCAUCAGCAACUGCACCCCAAGUAGCAAAAGUAGCACUUGAUGUUUCAACACUAAGUGAUGAUGAUUUGAUUAAAAAAAUCAGCAGCUGGGGAGGAACACCAAAAGCAUUGACAGAGAACAGAGACAUGAUGAGGAUAGCUGCAUGUGUGUUUAGAGCCGAUCUCACACUCCAGCAGAACUACAGAUUUGAAGAAAGUGCUACUAAUGUCGCCAUUGAUUGUCCUCUAACUUGCUUUGAUGGAUCAGGUGAUCUUCACGAUCAAGAUGGCUGGGCGGAACUCACAUCAGGGUCUUUCAAAAGCCACGUUCUAGCUUGAGGACACUUUUACUUCAUGGAAGGGGGCAAUGAAUCAUCCCUCACAAACCCUAUUUCAAACGCCUUGCGACUACAUUACACUUCAAGUCCUUGAUUGAAUUGUGUGCUGAUCCUGGAUUUAGCCGGAUUUGACCAGACUGAUAAGGCUGAGUACAAUGAACAAAACACGGGCCAGUAUUUUCGUUAUCUUGUAGAGGAAGUCCUUAAAAAUGUGAGCUCUGAAAUUUUGGAAACACAUCAAACAAUGUCCUUACAAUGAAGUGGACAGCUGAACUGAGACGCAUCAAGGAGAACUUAGUAAGACUGAAAAAGGUAGAACAUCAUAGAAUAGAAUUUAAUCCACGCUUUGUGCAACGAGUUACGAUUAGUUUUCUCACGUUUGUGAACAUCGGCAUUGUGAGUUGUAUUUAGAAAGAAAAAUAGAGCUCCUAGUCGGUUGAGUUGCCGAGCUUAACGGCGAGUUCAAGUCACAUAUGUUUUUCAGAUAUUUUUGAACAACGGUACCGUGUGAAGAAAUCGACAUGUACAUCAAUGGAAAUGGAGUAAUGGUCGGAAGUGAAAAACAGAAUUUUUGUUUUCCCCGAGCUUGUUUGGUUUUACUCAACUAUGCUCAUUUCCUAAUGAGAGAAGAGUUGAAAGAAUUUUCGCAUGAUAAUAAAAUAUCGAUUGUCAUCGAU